CUGUGAUUGUCCAGUCUUCCUCCAGCCGCCUCCAGGGACAGACUGCCUGGACCUCUGGCCUGGACCGCGCACAGCUCCAGGGAACGACUUCAGCGAGGGUGGCGCUCCAAGACUCCGUCAGGAUGCUGCGAGCGAGCAUGUUCGCAUGUCUGCUGGCAGUCCUCGCGUGCGUGGCAGUGCCUGCGGCCGAGGCGCAGGCCACCGUGGACCAGCUGCAGUACCUGUUCGACAGGCCGGCAGAGCCCAUCUUCAUGCCCAAGGAGGGCGACAAGAGCAAGAAGAAGAUCUUCUUUGACGUGCCCAAGGAGUACCUGACGGACCGGCAGAAGCAGCUGGGCACCCCCGUCAUCAACCGCUUCGGCGAGAAGGCGGAACGCAUCGCGGUGCGCAGGAUCAACCUGCCGGACCUCAGCAUGCCGGCCAGCCUGGGCAAGCGCGCCGGCUUCUCGCUCUUCCUGCCGGAGCACCGCAAGCUGGCCACCAGGCUCAUCAACGUCUUCAUGGGCAUGCGCAACCUGGACGACUUCCUGUCCGUGUCGGUGUACGCGCGCAACCACCUCAACCCGUACCUGUUCAUCUACGCCUACUCCGUGGCGCUGCUGCACCGCACCGACACGGCCUCCGCCCACCUGCCACCGGUGUCCGAGCUGUUCCCGGAGAAGUUCGUCACCGGCUCGCUCUUCUCGCAGGCCAGGGAGGAGACCAGCAUGGCGCUGGACCCCACCCAGCGGGUGCCCCUGGAGAUCCCCAAGGACUACUCGGCGUCCGACCUCGAGGAGGAGCACAAGAUAGCGUACUGGCGCGAGGACCUGGGCAUCAACCUGCACCACUGGCACUGGCACCUCAUCCACCCCUUCGAGGGCCCCCGCGAGGUGGUGGGCAAGGACCGACGCGGCGAGCUGUUCUACUACUCGCACCAACAGAUCAUCGCGCGGUACAACUUGGAGCGGCUGUCCAACGGUCUGCAGCGAGUGCGGCGACUCCAGAACCUGCGCGAGCCAAUCAAAGAAGGCUAUUUCCCCAAGCUGGACAGCCUGGUGUCUUCCCGCGCCUGGCCCUCCAGGGCAGCCAACACAGUCUUGUCCGAUAUCAAUCGUGAGUCCGACCAGAUUCAGUUCGACCUCCAGGACAUGGAGCGCUGGCGGGACCGCAUCUACGAGGCCAUCCACACCGGUUUCGUUGUGUCGGCCGACGGCAGGAGGAUAAACCUGACGGAGGCAGGGGGUGUGGAUGUCCUGGGCAACAUCCUGGAGUCCAACGUACUGUCCCCCAACCGACCGCUGUACGGAGACCUGCACAAUUUCGGUCACAUCGCCAUCGGCUUCGCCCACGACCCCGACAACCGGCACCUGGAAUCGUUCGCCGUGAUGGGAGACGCUGCCACCAACAUGAGAGAUCCGGUCUUCUACCGCUGGCACUCCUUCGUGGACGACCUCUUCCAGGAGCACAAGCGCACCCUGCCCGCCUACACGCCGCAGCAGCUGGACUUCCCCGGCAUUCAGAUCAAGAGCGUCGAGGUGCUUUCUGCAGGCGGGCGGAAACCCAAUGAGUUCCAGACAUUCUGGCAGCAGAAUGAUAUGGACCUAUCAAGAGGGCUGGACUUCUCACCCCGAGGAUCCAUCUUUGCACGAUUCACACAUUUGCAGCAUCGACCCUUCACCUACCGCAUCCAGGUUGAGAAUACACUAGCUGGGCAGAGGGAAGGGUAUGUACGAAUCUUCCUUGGCCCCAAGAAUGAUGAACGAGGAGUACCUAUGUUGUUCAGAGACCAACGGACCUUUAUGAUCGAGUUGGACAAGUUCCCUGUCACUCUGAAUCAAAGGAACAAUGUGAUUGAGAGACGUUCCACCAUGUCAUCUGUCACAAUCCCCUUCGAGAGAACUUUCCGUAACCUGGAUCAAAAUAGACCAACAGCUGCUGAUGCCCUGGACCAGUUCAACUUCUGUGGCUGUGGGUGGCCGCAACACAUGCUUAUUCCCAAAGGGACUCCACAGGGAAUGCCAAUGCAGCUGUUCGUCAUGAUCACAGACUACUCCAAGGACAAAGUAAACCAACCCCUGGAAGGCAUGUGCAAGGAUGGGGCUGCUUACUGUGGCAUUCGAGGACAGCUGUACCCGGACAAGAAGCCCAUGGGCUUCCCCUUCGACCGGCCGGGCCGCCAGGGCGUGGACACACUCCGCUCCUUCCUCACCAGAAACAUGUUCAUCCAGGAGGCCUCCAUCCGUUUCCAGGACCGCGUGGAGGCACCUAACCGGGGCAACUCCACACUCAUCAGAGGCUGAGUGCUGGAUUCCGAAUCAAACAAAAAGAACACUCUUUCCAGGGUUUUAGUUUCGUUUUACAUGAAACGAUAGCGUAAAACCUUGGAGUGACUGAUUACAGCUACGAAGAGACUUCCCUGCCCAUUCAAAUUUUUGUGUUUUAUCUGUAAUUAUAGAGUCAAUAAAUGUACUGAUUCCCUAGUGUUCAUUGUGAAUA